AUGGGUGUUCCCAAAUUCUUCAGAUGGCUCUCCGAGCGAUAUCCUGCCAUCUCCCAACUCAUCGCAGAGAACAGAAUACCCGAGUUCGAUUGCCUUUACCUCGACAUGAAUGGUAUCAUUCAUAACUGUACUCAUAAGGAUGCAGGCGAAGAUGUAUCCUUCCGCCUUAGCGAAGAGGAAAUGUUUAUUCGUAUAUUUAAUUACAUCGAACAUUUGUUUGGAAAAAUCAAGCCCAAACAGCUAUUCUUCAUGGCUAUCGAUGGUGUUGCGCCUCGAGCCAAGAUGAACCAGCAGCGCUCUCGACGUUUCCGGACGGCUCUUGACGCCGAGAAGGCCCGUGAUAAGGCCAUCAAAGAUGGCGUUGAGCUUCCCAAAGAGGAACCAUUCGACAGCAACUGCAUUACCCCAGGUACUGAGUUUAUGGCGAAGCUAUCCCAGCAGUUGCGAUACUUUGUCAACAAGAAGGUGUCUGAGGAUACUGAUUGGCAAGGAUGUGAGAUCGUCCUAUCUGGCCACGAAGUCCCUGGUGAGGGAGAACACAAGAUCAUGGAAUACAUUCGAAACGCCAAGGCCCAGCCCAACUACAACCACAACGUGCGACAUUGUCUCUAUGGUCUUGAUGCUGAUUUAAUCAUGCUUGGUCUCCUCAGCCAUGACCCCCAUUUCUGUCUUCUACGAGAAGAGGUAACGUUUGGGCGGGCUUCCAAGACCAAAUCCAAAGAGCUCGAACAUCAAAAUUUCUAUCUUCUUCAUCUUUGCAUUGUAAGAGAGUAUCUUGAGAUGGAGUUUCAAGAGCUUCAAGAAGAAGGAACUCUCAGCUUCCCGUUUGAUCUUGAAAGAGUCAUCGACGACUUUAUUUUGAUGGCGUUCUUUGUUGGAAAUGAUUUCUUGCCGAACUUACCAAGCUUGCACAUUAACGAAGGUGCGCUGGCGAACAUGUUCAGGAUCUACAAAUCAAUUCUUCCUAAAUGCGAUGGAUAUAUCAACGAGAAUGGAGUCAUUAACAUGGAAAGACUACAGCGCCUUCUGGGCGAACUGUCCAACACUGAAAUUAGCGCUUUUGAGACCGACAUGUCAGACGAGAAAUGGUUUGCUUCAAAGCAGAUGGAAAAGAAGCUUGAGAACAAGAAUGUCGAGACAAAGGCGCCUAAAGGAGGCCAGCUUGUACUUACCCCGGCGCAACGCGACCUGUGGAAACAAAAGAUUCGGCCGUACAUCUCCAAGCGCUCGGAUGAGCCUUUAGACCUCGGCACCAACCUGAAGGCUGCUGAUCGCAAAUUCGUUCAGGAUUUGGCGGAUUCGAUGCAUCUACAAUGGACCACCAAAGAGGAUGACGAGGGCCACCGGCAUCUGAUUGUUUCAUUCCCCCCUAAGGAUAACGGCGACGACGACGAUGAUGACGACGAGGAAGAGGAAGGUAACCUUGCAGCUUACCGGGUCAUGACGACCUACGACAAGGCUUUGGUAAUCGAUUUGACACCCGAAGAGGCACAGAAAAAUUACGAGAAACUCUACCAAGACAAGUACCAGGGCUGGAAGACGAAGUAUUACCUUCAGAAAUUCGAGGAGUGGGCUCCUGACAACUACGACAAGGAGCUCACAGCAUUGUGUGAAAACUACGUGCAAGGUUUACAAUGGGUAUUGUACUACUACUACCGCGGAAUCGCUUCGUGGCCUUGGUUCUAUGGAUACCACUACGCGCCUCUUAUUUCAGAUGUCGUCAAGGGCGUCGGCGCGGAUUUGAACUUCAAGAAGGGCCAGCCUUUCUUACCCUAUGAACAGCUUAUGGGUGUGUUGCCUGACCGAAGUAAAAAGAUUGUUCCCAAGGUUUACCAUGACCUGAUGACGAACCCGGAUUCCCCAAUUGUUGAUUUCUAUCCCCGCGAUUUCGAGCUGGAUAUGAAUGGAAAGAAGAUGGACUGGGAGGCAGUCAUCAAGAUUCCAUUCAUUGAUGAGAAACGUCUCUUGGACGCUAUGGGACCCAAGAACGAUUUGUUGGAACCUGACGAGAAGGCACGAAACGGAUUUGGUGUUCCUCUCAAGUUCACAUACUCACCCGACGUCGACUUUGUCUACCCUUCCCCAUUGCCUGGUGUCUUCCCCGAGAUUCAGAACUGCCGUUGCAUCGAGAACAUUUUUGACCUUCCAGAUGUGGAAGGCCUUGAAUACUUGUCAGGAUUGACUAGUGGUGCUCUACUGAACGUCGAUGCUUUGGCGGGCUUCCCUACUCUUCAUACUCUUCCUUACAACGCGCAGCUUGUGGAGGGUUAUGGUGUCAACGUAUUCCAAACGGAUAGUAGAAAUCCAAGUGUUUGCGUUACUUUGACCGAGACGGAGAACCGUACCAAGAUAGAAACUUGGAAAGCGAAACUCGGCCAACGAUGCUUCGUGGGAUACCCAUUCCUUCAGGAAGCCAAGGUUAUCAAAGUGCAAGAUGAGCUCUUCAGCUACGAACUGGCCGACAAUGGGAAAGACAUUGUCACUAGGGACCACAACAAUCGAGAGGCUGCUGACUGGGCUAGGGAAGCUGAUUACCUCGAAAACUGGCACGCUAAGCGCCUUGCGAUCGUUAUUGGGCAAGUCGAAUGUUUAGUAUACGUCCAUAUGCUUAAGGGCCUCCUUCGUACGGAGGAGGGUGCCCUGAUCAAGGAGUAUGCUGAAAACCCCAGUCUCAGGAGUACAUAUGCCGCGCAAACCAUUGUUGAUGAAGUCGUCAAUGAGGACGAACGAUUCAUUGAGAAGGAAGCGUUGCCCAUCGAGGAAGAAUUCCCUCGAGGCACUCGCGCAUUCUUCCUUGGCGAGUACGCUUACGGUCGUCCCCUGGAAGUCGCUUCCCACGCAAACAACAAGACAGAGAUUGUUGUCUCGAUGCUCAAAAACAAGGAACAGGAGUUCGCCAAGCAGAUCAUUCAUCAAGCCGAACGGUCCAAUCCCUAUACCCCAUCAUUUGCCGUCGCUAAGCAGCUGGGUAUCCAUCCUCUUGUUCUGAGUAAGAUCACUUCUUCUUACCAGAUUAUUAAUUCUGCUGGACUUCGAUUGAACUUGGGAUUGAACCUGAAGUUUGAGGGCCGAAAGCUCAAGGUUUUGGGCUAUUCGAGGAAGUCGCAUACAGGCUGGGAAUUCAGUGGCAUGGCUAUCAAGUUGAUUGCUGACUAUAUGGUCGCCUUCCCUGACUUCUUUGCUGCCAUUCAGAGAGAACCACAGAAGAGCGAGGUUCACGAAACAGAUCUCUGGAAGGACCCCAGCGUUGCUUCCCAAAGAGUCAAGGAGGUUGUGGCUUGGCUCAAGAAGCAGGAGACCAGCAAGUUCGAGCGGGUUCCUUUGGAGGCCGAACAACUUGAUUCAGAGGUAGUCACGGCCUUGGCCCAUGCCGGAGAACAGGUGCAUGCUGCCUCUCAAGAUAUUGAUAUCAAGAAGCUGCGUGGGGUUCCUCGUUCAGCGCUUCUCAAGCCAUCUGAUGCUGAAAUGGUGCUUGGCAGCCAGAACUUUACGCUCGGAGACCGAGUUACUUAUGUUUCUGCUGCUGGCAAGGUUCCCAUCGCCACCCGCGGUACCGUCGUUGGUAUCAGCCGUACUGCUACUGCUCUGCUUCUGGAUGUUGUGUGGGAUACAUCCUUUAUGAGCGGCACAACGCUCAACGAAAGAGCUCCCAUGUUCCGUGGCCAGACCGUGGCAUCAUCCUCGGUCUUGAACACCACUAACAAACAAAUCAUUUCUACCACCACCAAAUCGCAGCAGCAGCGAAGACCAGUCAUUGCCGCACAGGGUGGAUAUGCAAAUGUCGGCGUCACUCAAUACAGAGAUGCACCGGCCCCUGGUCCCCUUCGCGGUGGGUGGAGUGGAGCUCUAAACGGCAACAACUCUUCCGGACGCGGCCGCGGUAACGGUGUUCGCGGAGGUGCCCCCAACCUCAUGCACAGCACCUUGGUUUAUCGAAACGGUCCUCCAAACGGUGCGGCCCAGGGUCAAGAUGUUAACGGCAACGGUACCAGAGGCAGAGGAGGUCGUGGCCGAGGCCGUGGCAGCCAUCACGGUUCACCAGCUCCUGACGGCGGUCAUGGAGCAGGCCAGGAACAGAUGUAUGGUAACGUCCCGCCACCCGCCAGUCUUGAUCAACCACGAGGUAGGGGUCGAGGUCGAGGACGCGGAGGAAGAGGUCGUGGAGGGCCUAAUCGUGGACGAGGUGGCGCAGGAGCCGGUGGUAAUGGAAGCCAGGGCUAG